AAGAUGAAUAAAAUAUCCAUCCGGCUAUUUUUCAACAAUUUCGAACAAUUAUGGAUUCACAUUAUUCAUCAACUAUUUUGAUCUAUUUGGCCAUAUUAUUUAUUAUGAUGAUUUUAAUCAUACCAUCAAUCAUUUCAUAUCCACCUAUUAUACAUUAUUCGCAUAUAAUGCGUAUAUUAAAAAUUCCAUAUACAACCGAACCGGGUACAAUUGUUUACAGAAUCAAAGCUAGCGAUGCUGAUAAUGAUGAUAUUAUUUUCGACGUACUUGAAGAUUAUGGAAAAACUCUUAUACGUUUCGAUAAAAUCAAUCAAAAUGAAGCAAAUGUAAUUCUUUUGUGUCCAUUAAAUAAAGAUUCUGAAUAUAAUCUAACAAUCUAUGCGAAUGGUGGUGAUGAAACAACAUAUAUUGAAUCACGUAUAAUUGUAACUGAUAUUGAUGGAAUCAGUACAAAAGAAUAUUUUCCAUUUGUCAUCGAUAAUGAUCCAGUCUAUGUGUUUGAGAAUGUAUCAUUAAACAAUUCGAUUGCCAUAAUUAAAGCCUAUGAACAAGAAUCAAGUGAACUUCCUGUAUCAUUUGAAUUAUUAGAGGAUGGUAAUAUUUUUCAUUUUCGUUAUAUAUUUGGUCCUCGUGGUAUAACAAUAGCUGAAAUUAUUCUAUUAAAAUCAUUGGAUUAUGAACAACAAAAUCUUUAUAUUUUAACCAUAUUGGCUAUAAAUGGUAAAACCCGCCAAGAUAUUGACACUCGAAAUGUACAUCAAACAUAUCUAACUAUUGUGGUUAAAGAUGUACAGGAUACGCCACCAAAAUUUGAAAAUUUGCCACAAACAACACAUAUUAAUGUUUCAUAUCGUCCGAAUCAAACUUUAUACACUGUUCAAGCACAAGAUGGUGAUAUCACCAAUAAAAGAGAUUUAAUCUAUCAGAUUAAAAAGCCAAAUGACCGAUUUUUUCGAAUCAAUUCCAAUGGAUCUAUAUCGACGCCAUUUUCUUUUGAUGAAUUAAAUGAAUUAUACGAUGUUCGAACACCGAUAACGUUAAGGAUUGAAGCGCAUGAAAUUGUAAAACGAGAUUUAUUGCCAAAAAAUUUAGCUGACAAUAACAAUAAUUCAUCAUCCACCACAACUCAAUCACAUUUGAUAAUCAUAUUCAAUCUGAAUAAUCGAAAACCAUACUUUUCACAGCCAGAAUUUACAGCCAACAUUGAUGAACAUAGCCCUUAUUUAACUUCGGUUCGAUGGUCGAAUGGCCAGAAUCCAAGGGUAUCGGAUCCAGAUUAUGGUUUAAAUGGAACAUUUAAGCUAAAAGCAUAUGAUCCAACCAAUACAUUUAUCAUAUCGCCAAUGAUUGGUUAUAGAAAUCUUACGUUUACAUUGUUGGUUAAUGAUUCAAAUUCAUUGGAUUAUGAAAAAUAUCAUAAUCUAAGUAUUCAUCUUAGCGUACAAGAUACAUCCGAAGAACAGCCACUUUCAUCGAAUGUAACAUGCACAAUUUUUAUACACGAUAUUAAUGAUAAUUAUCCUGAAUUCACUCAAAGUCGAUAUUAUAGUUCAAUGUUAGAAAAUGCUGCCAAAGGAACCACUGUUACUACUUUAUCGGCCACUGAUAAAGAUACUGGUGAUUUUGGUCGCAUUCGUUUUACCGAAAUACGUGGUCCUUUCGCUCAAAAUUUUAACAUUGACCCAGUGAUUGGAACAAUCAUCUUGAUUGACAACAAUAAUAUUGAUCGUGAAAGUAUGGAAGAAAUUUUUCUAACAAUUGAAGCACGUGAUAAUAAUGGCCAAGGAAAUCGUAAUAUGACCGAAUUAUAUAUACAAAUAUUAGAUGUCAAUGAUAAUCCACCAUUAUUUUUACAACCAUAUUAUUUGGGUAUUAUCAAGAAUGACCUAAAUGAAUUUAUUCAUCCAUUAAAAUUAGAUGCAAUCGACAUUGAUCAAAUCAAUACGACCAACAGUAUGGUUAACUAUGAAAUUUUACAAGGAAAUUUUGAAAAUAUGUUCGAAAUUGAUCGACAAAAUGGCCGUAUAAAACUUACCAGAUCGGAUAUUAAUCAACGAUCAUCAUCCACAUUGAAUGCCAUUCCAAACUUGAUAAAUUUGACUGUUCGUGCAUAUGAUCUGGGCAUUCCACAAUUGUCAUCAUUAGUCAAAGUUUUCAUUUAUGUUCUAAAUACGCCAACAUAUCUUUCGACAUUGUUUUCAACGAAUAAAAUACUUGAUAUUCGUAAUGGAAACAGUUCGUUAGAAAAAUCUUUGAGCUUAAUAACAGGUGGAAACGUAACCGUUAAAGAAUUACGUUCACCUGAAACACCGAAUGAACCAAUAAAAAUUGUAACAAUGGUCCGUUAUCAAAAUGAAAAUAUUAUUGAUCUUGAUAAUCUAGCCGCAGCGUAUCAAAACUUAUUCUACAUUCCACCUCAAACACAGCCUUCGACAAUUUCACGAUCAACAUUACCAUCAACUAUUCAUGCCACAAAUAUUCCAGAUACUGUUCCAGUAGUGACAAGUAAAAACAUUAAUCAACAGCAAACAUUUAUCGGUAGAUCUCAUCAUCAUCAUCAAGAAGUGGAUGUUUCUUCUUCAUCAGCAUCGAAAAUUUCAAGAAAUCAAAAUAUCCAUCAAGAUGUGAAUGAUUACAACGAUGGAAUCAAUGAACAAGAACAUGAAAACGAUCCAUUAGUUGUACGAACUUCAUCCACUGCAGGAUUUUUCAACUUCCUAAUGUAUUUUCUAUUGGUCUUGAUCAUUUUGUUUCUCAUUUUUCUUUGUAUCCUUUGUUGUUGUUGUUGUUGGAAAAGAAGGGAUUCUCAAACAUUAUUCGGUUGGAAAAAUGUCUGGUUUCUACAAGAUCAUAAGAGUAGCGAUAAAUUUCAUAAACGAAAACGACGAUCGACUGAAAGCCAUCCAAGUCAACGUCAUUAUAUUAGUCAGCAUCGAAAACAACAUAGCGAAAGUAAAGCGAUGACCAUUUCUAAUCAUGAACAACAACAAUCAAAACAAAUGGCAAAACAAGAAUCAAUUGUCAGUUAUGGACAUCAUGAUAAUGAUUGGUUUCGAGCAUUGGAACGAAAACUUGAAAACGAAGAUGGUGAUGUUGAAUAUGAGAUUAAAGAGGAGAAAAAAUAUUCCAGUACACCACGUACAAUGUCAUAUUGUAUCAGUAAGAAAAUCAUAAGACCUAAACAUAAUCAACAGCAACAGCCACAACAAGAACAUUCACGACAAGUGGACAUUUUAAAUCUGGAAAAUGGUACAACUCAAGUCGAACAUCAUCGUAUAUUUCCAAGGAAAAAAAAUUCCAUUAUGCCAUUGGGAAUGAUUAAAGAACAGCAACAAAAAAAUGAUAAAAAUCAAACAAAAAUCAAUUUUGCUAUCAAUCAAAACGAAGCAGCAAAUUCAAAAUUCAAGCAAUUCAAUCAACAAACAUCUAAUCAAGCGAUUGGCACAGAUAUAUUACCGAUUUGUCCACAAACAAUGCAGCGACGUAGUAUUUUUUCCAUUGCCUAUGAUGGUAUUGAACAUCGAGAAAAUAUUUCCUCAUCCGAAUCAAAUCAAACAAUUACACAUAUUUAAAUUUAAAAAAAUAUAUUUAAUCAUCAUAUGAAAAUA